GAGGAAGAAGAGGAGAAAGAAGAAGAGGAGGAGGAGGAGGAGGAAGGCUCAGCCCCGCCAUGGCGGCGCUCGCAGCCGCCGCCGCCCGGCCGGACCCGGUGGAGACGCUGCAGGAGGAGGCCAUCUGCGCCAUCUGCCUGGAUUAUUUCGCCGACCCCGUGUCCAUCGGCUGCGGCCACAACUUCUGCCGCGGGUGCAUCUCACGCCUCUGGGCCCGCGAGGAGGAGGAGGAUGAAGAUGAAGACGAAGAUGAAGAUGAAGAUGAGGAGGAAGACGCGCUGGAUGUAGAACAAGAAGAAGAGGAGGAUGAAGAAGAAAAUGGUGGUGGCGGCGCGGUUGAGGAGGAUGAGGAUGAUGAGAUGUGGGAGGAAGAGGAAGAGGAGGAUGAGGAAGGCGCUCUGUGGGAAGAACCCGCUGAGGAUGAGGAUGGUGAGGAUGAUGAUGAAGAGGAAGAAGAAGAAGAAGAAGAACCAUCAACAUGGCGCGAUGAGGACGGCCUUUACUUCACCGACAACGACUACGAAGACGCGAUGGAGGAAGACGUCGAGGAGGAGGAAGAGGAAGAAGAAGAAGAACACGAAGAUGAUGAUGAUGAUGAUGAAGAUGAUGAAGACCACCACCCAACCCCGCCCCUUUUCACCUGCCCGCAAUGCCGCAAAUCCUUCUUCCAACGCGACUUUCGGCCCAACCUCCAGUUGGCCAACAUGGUGCAGAUCAUCCGCGAGCUGCACCCGCGCCCCGCGGGGGUCCCGGGGAUUUUGGGGGUCCCGGGGGUCUCCUCGGGGGUCCCCGCGGCUCCCGGGGGUCCCCCCGAGCUGUGCCCGGAGCAUCAGGAGCCGCUGAAGCUCUUCUGCCAGGAGGAGCAGGCGGCGAUCUGCGUGGUGUGCCGCGAGGCGCGGCAGCACCGCCGGCACAGCGUGCUGCCGCUGGACGAGGCCGUGCAGGAGUGCAAGAAACAGCUCCAGAGGCACCUGGAGCCGCUGCGGGAGCAGCUGGACGCCGUCCUGAAGCAAAAAUCCAGCGAGGAGGAGAAAAUCUCCGUGCUCAGGGACCAGCUGCGGGCGGAGGCGCAGGACCUGGAGGACGCCGUGGCAGCGCUGCAGCGCUUCGUUGCGGCCGAGCGCGCGCUGCAGCUGCGGCGGCUGCGGGAGCGCCACGAGGCGCAGCUGGCGCUGCAGCGCCGCAACGUCGCCGCGCUGGAGCUGCACCGCAGCGCGCUGCAGCGCCGCAUCGCCCAGGCCGAGGCUGCGGCGCGGCAGGACGAGCUGCAGAUGCUGAGGGACAUCAAAGGCACCUUCCUCAGGUGUGAGAACAUCAAAUUCCAGGAGCCCGAAAUGGUCCCGGUGGAUUUGGGGAAAAAAUUCCGGAAUUGUUUCCUGCAGGACGCCGUGAUGAGAAAAAUGGAAAAAGUUUUCAGCAAAGUGCCCCAAGCCGACAUCACCUUGGACCCCUCCACCGCCCACCCGCGGCUCAUCCUCUCCCACGACCGCCGCAGCGUCCGGUUGUCGGAGCGUCGCGCGGACGUUUCGCGGCGUUGCGACGGCGACCUGUGCGUGUUGGGAACGCCGGGAUUCGGCGCCGGUCGGCAUUACUGGGAGGUGGAAGUCGGCGGUCGGCGCGGUUGGGCGGUCGGCGCCGCCGGCGAGACGCACCAACACCGGGACAAAACCGGCGCGGCGUCGCCGAAACGCGAGAUUUGGGCUUUGGGCGCCAGCGGGAAGAAGUACCAAGCGUUGACGGCGACGGAGCAAACGGCGUUGGCGCCCGGCGAGGAACCGCGGCGCUUCGGCGUCUACCUGGACUACGAGCGCGGCCAACUGGGGUUCUACAACGCCGAGAGCAUGAGCCACAUCCACACCUUCCACAUCCGCUGCCGCCAGCGCGUCUUCCCCUUCUUCCGCGUCCUGGCCAAGGGGACGCGCAUCCGCAUCUGCACGCGGUGAGG